UCUCUGAGAGAGAGAAUGGAGAUAUCAGUUGCAUCGUUAACAGUUUCAGUAGCUCUAGUUGUUGUGUCGUGGUGGGUAUGGAGAACUUUAAAAUGGGUUUGGUUUAAACCAAAGAUGCUUGAGAGUUACCUGAGAAGACAAGGUCUUCCCGGAACUUCUUACACGCCUCUUGUCGGCGACUUGAAGAGGAAUGUCAACAUGUUUACGGAGGCAAUAUCCAAACCCAUCAAACUAACAGAUGACAUCACACCACGUGUCAUGCCUCAUCCCUUGCAAAUGUUCAAGAAUCACGGAAGGUCUUUCUUUACAUGGCUUGGACCAACGCCAACCAUCACCAUAAUGGAUCCUGAGCAAAUCAAGGAAGUGUUCAGCAAUGUUUAUGAUUUCCAGAAGGCACAGACGUUCCUUUUGGGAAAUCUAAUAGCAACUGGACUCAUUAAUUAUGAUGGUGAUAAAUGGGCGAAGCAUCGAAGAAUCAUCAACCCGGCUUUCCACCUUGUGAAACUCAAGAAAAUGGUACCUGCGUUCCACCAAAGCUGCAGCGAUGUUGUUUGCGAAUGGGACAAGUUAGUCUCGGAUAAAGGGUCAUCGUGUGAGGUUGACAUUUGGCCUUGGCUUGUCAGUAUGACUGCAGAUGUGAUCUCUCGUACUGCUUUUGGUAGCAACUACAAAGAAGGGCAGAGGAUAUUUGAACUCCAAGCAGAACUAGUACACCUCAUCAUACAAGCUUUUUGGAAAGUUUACAUCCCUGGAUAUCGUUAUCUCCCUACGAAGAGUAAUAGAAGGAUGAAAGCAGCAGCUGGAGAAAUCCAAGUUAUACUGAGAGGGAUCGUUAACAAAAGGUUAAGAGCGAGAGAAGCUGGGAAAGCACCAAACGAUGAUUUGCUGGGUAUACUUCUUGAGUCGAACUUGGGGGAAGCUAAAGGAAAUGGAAUGAGCACUGAGGAUGUGAUGGAGGAGUGCAAGUUAUUCUAUUUCGCCGGGCAAGAGACAACUUCGGUACUUCUUGUCUGGACAAUGGUAUUGUUAAGCCAACACCAAGACUGGCAGGCUCGUGCACGAGAAGAAGUGAAGCAAGUUUUUGGCGACAAAGAACCUGAUACAGAAGGUCUCAACCAGCUCAAAGCUAUGACGAUGAUAUUAUAUGAGGUCCUAAGGCUAUAUCCUCCAGUAACUCACCUGACCCGAGCCAUUCACAAAGAGAUGAAGCUAGGUGACUUGACACUGCCAGGCGGUGUCCAUAUCAGUCUACCCGUAAUGCUAGUCCAACGCGACACCAAGCUGUGGGGGAAUGAUGCAGGGGAGUUCAAGCCUGAGAGAUUCAAAGAUGGUAUUUCAAAGGCAACAAAGAGCCAAGUCUCCUUCUUUCCAUUUGCGUGGGGGCCAAGGAUCUGCAUUGGCCAGAAUUUUACCCUGAUGGAGGCAAAGAUGGCAAUGGCAUUGAUUCUGCUGAGAUUCUCUUUCGAGCUUUCUCCUUCCUAUGUUCAUGCGCCUUACACCGUCGUCACCAUUCACCCACAAUUUGGUGCUCACCUUAUCCUGCACAGGCUAUAAUUCUAGAACCCCUUUUGUUGUUGCUAAUUAAACAAAGGAAGCAAAUUCCAGAUCAUAAUCAAAUAUUUUUAUUAAGUGAACUCAGUAUUUGUGAUUUACAAAACAAGAUAUUUCAAAGAAAGAGUACUUUUCUUCCUCUUCUUGUCGCUUUUCACAAAGUCAAAAUUUGCUUCUUCCCUAUUCAAUUAGUCACUACAUAAUAA